GCAUUUUCGUCUGUCAAUCAGUGCUUGUCUGAAUAAAAUUCGCGAAAAAGUGGUGUGCUUUUAAAGGUGCAGCUAUUUUCAUCUAUUAUCUGCCCGAAUAUCAUCACUAAAACGUUUGGCGAACCGUGCACGCUGCACGAUGGACGGAUUCAGCUCGUGGCUGAAUGGCAAACUGCGCGAGUUUAACACCGAUGAGGGAAUUUUCGGUUCCUACAUUACGGGCAUUCUGGAGGGUGAUGAGAGCAACGAUGAGAAAAUCGAAGCUCUCGAAGGCAUCCUGGCGGAGAUCAUUGAGUCUGAUCUGAAUUCAUUCAUCAAAGAAAUCUUGGACAAGUGGAAAAUAUGCCAUUCGGUGGAACCGCUGGCAACUGGUCCUAGCUUAAAGCUUGACGUUGACGAGCAGCUAGCAAAACUGCUGGAAAACCAGAAACUAGCCAAAAAGGUCGAGCGGGAGUAUACGGAGGAGGAACGACGGAUCAAACAGCAGAUUUUGUCGCAAUAUAGUCAGCUCUCUGAAAGCGAUCACGAAGAUGCAGAGGAUGAUCCGGGAGCCGGUGGGUCAGCCGGAGGUACGUCUUCUGAGGGUGGACUGACGCGAAAUACCAAUGCGGCCGAUGUGGCCGCGCUGGUACGGGAGAAGCGCGAGCAAUCAAAGCUAGAAAGUCAACAGAAGAAGGAAAAGGAUCGGCUGGAUCGCGAAAAACAGAAACAACUACGCGAAGAAAAGAAGGAAAAGCGUAAAACCGUCAAGGGAGAACGGCGCCGGUAGCGCCCUUGAAGGGUGAACCACGGAACUCAAAUGUAAGCAUGUUCUCAUUUUAACUGUCAUCCAUAAUGUAUUAAACCUGCAAAGCCACCAUCUCGAGUGCUCGAGGCGGAGAUUGAAGCCAGCCUGAUCGGCCCGUCGUGGUAACAGCAAUUGCAGGCUUCGAUUUUGCCUCGAAUGAUAGUUUGCAGCCAGUCACGUUGAAAA